AUGGCACCGCUGCCCGCCGUUCGCUUCGCUCUCCUCGCCGUGCGGCAGCUGUCGAAGCCAGUCGUGAAAAUGACCGUCACACGCGCGCAGCACGAGGCUACAAUAACGCGCUCUCUGUGCAUCGGCCUCGGUCGCCUCUCCCUCGGCGUGUCAAGCGUUGUCGCGCACUGGGCCGCAGAAGAGAGGCGGCACCGCGGUUCUAGUGCUGUUUCUUCUACUGCUGCUGCUGCUGCAUCCGGCGCUUCCACGGCGCCGCCUGUCGCGGGCACGGAGGGUCUCGUCACGGCGCCGCGUUCCCGUUCGCUGCUGCACGANUGCUGCUGCUGCUGCAUCCGGCGCUUCCACGGCGCCGCCUGUCGCGGGCACGGAGGGUCUCGUCACGGCGCCGCGUUCCCGUUCGCUGCUGCACGAAGCCACCAAGCCCACUAA